CCAUGUGGCUGCACCCGGCGGGGCUGAGCCCCCUGAGCCCCCAGGGCGGCCCAGGUGAUCGUCAAGGGCUGGUCGGUAUGGGGGAGGCCGGGGCGGCCACGGGGUCUUUGGCUGGUGGCGUCGCAGCUGCAGGGUCGCCGAUGCCGGAGGCUGACCCCGAGGCGGAGGCGGCGAAGCUGCUGCCCUUCUUGGCGCCCGGGGCGCGGGCGGACCUGCAGACGGCGGCGGCGCGGCACGUGCUGGCGCUGACCGGCUCCGGGCCAGGCCGCACGCUACUGGCCGGCCAGGAGGCGCUACUGCGGGCGCUGGUCGAGCUGGCGGCGGCCCCGGCCCCGGCCCCGGCCCGCGACGCCGCCCGCGCGCUCGUCAACCUGGCCGCGGACCCCGGCCUGCACGAGCCGCUGCUGGCGGCCGAGCCCCGGCUGCCUGCCCGUCUGCUGGGCCGCGCGUUGGAUCCACAGUGGCCCUGGGCUGAGGAGGCGGCCGCGGUGCUGGCCAACCUCAGCCGCGAGCCGGCACCGUGUGCUGCGCUCAUGGCGGCGCUGGCGGCCGCAGAGCCGGAGGAGUCAGGCCUGGAGCGGCUGGUGCGCGCGCUGUGCACUCCCGGCUACAACGGCCAUGCGCCCCUGCAUUACCUGGGGCCAGUGCUCUCCAACCUCAGCCAGCGUCCUGCAGCGCGCGCCUUCUUGCUGGACCCCAACAGGUGCGUGGUCCAGCGGCUGCUUCCCCUUACUCAAUACCCAGAUUCCUCGGUGCGCAGGGGCGGGGUGGUGGGGACGCUGCGAAACUGCUGCUUCGAGCACCGACACCACGAGUGGUUGCUUGGGCCUGAGGUGGACGUUCUUCCUCACUUACUACUGCCCCUGGCUGGGCCUGAGGACUUCUCUGAGGAGGAGAUGGAGCGGCUGCCUGUUGACCUGCAGUACCUGCUGCCAGACAAGCAGCGAGAGCCUGAUCCUGACAUCCGCAAGAUGCUCAUUGAGGCCAUCAUGCUGCUGACAGCCACGGCACCUGGUCGACAGCAGGUGAGGGACCAGGGAGCCUACCUGAUCCUGCGUGAGCUGCACACCUGGGAACCAGAGCCUGAUGUCCGAGCGACUUGUGAGAAACUCAUCCAGGUGCUUAUUGGAGAUGAGCCAGAGCGUGGCAUGGAAAACCUGCUGGAGGUGCAGGUGCCUGAGGAUGUGGAGGAGCAGCUGCAGCAGCUCGACCGCCAGGAACAGGAGCAGUGCGUGCGUGAGCAGCAGGAGCGGGAGCUGUCUCCGGAGCCACAAGCAGAGGGGGGUGCACCCACCUGAGGCCCCUGUAGCCCACCACCAGCUCCAGGCCCGCCUUUGCUAGCCCAUCAGUCCAGGCCUCCCAGACCAGGCUUUCUUGCAGCCACCUACAGGCCUCUGGGUCACCUUGCUUGGAGGCUGUGCCCUGCUGAAAAGCAGAGCUACACUUAAGCUCCAGGUCCAUGCUGAGGGUUCUAGGGCAAAUGCCCAAUAAACAUUAGAGGGUUGAGGGCACCUCCCUGUGCCCUGUUACGUCCAGCAAGAAAGCAGGUUGCUCAGAGGAGCACUGUGGAGCCAGAGCUGGCCAGGCCCUCUGACUCUCAGGUACCUCUAGGGGUGUGGCUAGUGGAGCCAUGAGCCUCCUCUCAGGCAUGGUGGUGGGGCUGCACAGCAAAGCACUGCAAGGCUCAGAGGCCAGCUGGAGCUUCCAGUCCCAAGGGUGCUGCAGGCGUUGAGCAUCGGCAGGCACCCAUGUGCAAGCAGUGCCCCUUGCAGCCAGUCCCACCCCGAGUCCCUCCAUCCUGGGGUCCUCAGCUUGUCCUGCCUGAGACCCAACCUCAAAGGGAUGCCCUCUUGAGACUUUCACCAGCCACAGUCUGUCCUGGGGUCUCCUAGGGCUGCACCCUCCUGGCCUGUCCUUGGAGCAUUUGUUGGGUGCUGCCUCCCCUUCAUCCUCUUCAACUUCCUGCUUGACCUGUGCCUUGGCCCUGCCCUCAGUUCCCUGUCAGCUCCUCAAGUCCUGUUUCUUAGUCCUGGACUGACCUGAUGCCCUCACUCUGCCAGCUAGCUAGGCCCUCUCCCUGGUCAGCUCCCCAGAGCCCCUUGCCUACCAUGUGGAGCACCUCCCUGGGGUGCCUGCAGCCUUGCCCUUUGCCCAAGCCUUUCCCCUAACCACCCUCUGCUCCCUUGGAGCCCACUGUGGGCCCAAGAACCUGGUUCUCCCCUGUCUCCAUGUGUGGUCCCCCCAGUUCUGCAGUGGCCAAGCUGAGCCCAGUAGGAUGUCAGUAUGGCCCUCAUUCCACUGUGCUCCCUUGCUGGGCUUUCCACCAAACCUAGUGCCAUCUUUCCCACAGGACCCUUGCACCCUGGUGCUGGAGUGCAGCUCUGUUCCCCAGGAGGUCCCAACACUGCCCCCCCCACACACAUGUCAGACCUGGUACUGCCUCCAAAGCUGGGAGUCUGCUCCUGUCGAGGGUGGGUGCUUCAUGGGUGCCAGGUAUCCCUCUUCUACGGUCUUCUCUGUAUUCCCCCUCCCCCCAAUUAAAAAUGGCAUGAAGGUG